GCCCCCUUGUGGCCGCACAUAAGUUGCAGCUGCCAGAGACAGCGCUCAGUCACUGCACAGGGAUCUCCGGGCGCUGGGAGCUCAGUGUGACGAUAAACAGCCAUGUCUUCAGUGGGAAGAUUCAUGCGCGCUAUCCGUGUCCACAAAUUCGGGAACCCUGAUGUUCUUAAACUCGCUACAGAUGUCCCCGUGCCUUCCCCAGGAGACGGCCAGGUUUUAAUCAAAGUGCACGCCUGUGGGGUGAAUCCAUUGGAUACUUAUGUCAGAUCUGGUGUCUAUUACUACAAGCUGGACAUGCCGUACACCCCUGGCUCUGAUGUAGCUGGGGUCGUGGCUCACGUUGGGAACAACGUAACCUCAUUUAAGAAAGGCGAUCGUGUGUUCACCACGGGGACCAUCACAGGUGGCUAUGCGGAGUACACCGUGGCUGCUGGAAAUACGGUUUUCCCUCUGCCUGAAAAGCUGAACUUCAAACAAGGAGCCGCCAUAUCUGUUCCGUACUUCACCGCCCACCGGGCGCUCAUUACCAAAGCGCGCGGCAGACCCGGGGAGGUGGUUCUCAUACACGGUGCCAGCGGGGGAGUGGGGAUCGCAGCGUGUCAGCUUGCCAGAGCCUAUGGCUUCAAGGUGUUUGGGACGGCAGGUACCGAUGAGGGCUUAAAUAUCGUCUUGCAAAGUGGCGCACACAAAGCGUUCAACCACAGAGAUAAAGAUUACAUUGAGAAGAUCCAGGAGGCUGCCGGAGGAGACGGAGUUAAUAUUAUACUGGAAAUGUUGGCCAAUGUCAACCUCAGUAAUGACAUGAAAAUCCUCUCAGUUGGCGGCAGAGUGAUUGUUAUUGGCUGCAGAGGUAAUAUUGAAAUAAACCCAAGAGAGACAAUGGCCAAAGAAACCGUUAUAACUGGAGUUUCACUCUUAGUUCACAUGGCAAAUAAGGAGGACUGGAAGGAGACUGGGGCAGCGCUGAUUGGGGGCAUGGAGGCUGGCUGGCUGAAUCCACUGAUUGGACCUGAGUAUCCCCUGGAGAAAACCGUUCAGGCCCAUGAGGACAUCAUACAGGGUACUGGAGCCACCGGCAAGAUGGUCCUUGUUCCCUAGGUGGACAUUACGCUGUACUGCUGGUGUCUAAUAACAUUAAUAAAUCACACAGAGCACUUAUGAUCCAUGAAAUAAACGCUGAAACUGUAGGGAGUAA